UGUGUCGUUGUUCGCUCUGUAUCAUGGUAUUUGUCAUGGUAUUGGAUUUCUCCAGAAUCGCAUACCCCACUUUUAUUAUGCUGCUACAUCAGCUUCCACUCUUCUGGGGAGACUUUCCACAAGGUCCUGGCUGGUGUGCCUGCAUGUGCCAUCCCACCUCUGCAGCUCAUCCCGAAUGCAGCUGCUUGGCUGGUCAAAGUUCUCUCUAGCAACUCUAGUCUAGACAGAACAUCAAACACUUAACAACAAGGCUCAGGGUUCAGAAACGUUGAGAGUGUGAGAAUUUUUCCUGUUUUUACAUAUGCUGGUCUGUACAUUGUGAGGCAUGUGACCUUAUACAGUAUGAACAGCCUAUGGGGCAGGACCUAAGGUUCUAUACUUGCAUACUUGAUAUAUAAAGAGGGCCUGAUGUUAGAGUGAGAGCUACUCUGUGACUGGCCUUCUGACUUACAGGAUGAAUACCCUCCAGGCUCUGUUUCUCUUGGCUGUAAGCCUCACUGUUGCCCAGUCCUUGGACUACAAGGCACUCAACCAAUUUAGAAGGAUGAUCCUGUGUCUGAUGCCUGAUAGCUGGCCUGUUUUUGACUACUCCGACUACGGCUGCUACUGUGGAAAAGGAGGCUCUGGCACACCUGUGGAUGAUCUGGAUAGGUGUUGCCAAGUGCAUGACCAGUGUUACAGUGAUGCUAUGCAACACCCUGAGUGCUGGCCCAUCUUCGACAAUCCUUACACCGAAUUCUAUGACUACAGCUGUGACGAGGAAAACAAGAAGGUCACCUGUGGCAACAAUAACGACGAAUGUGAGAUGUUCAUCUGUGAGUGUGACAGGAAGGCCGCUGAGUGUUUUGCCAAAUCACCUUGGAACCCUGAGCACGAGCACCUGCCCAGUGACCGCUGUCAGUAAAGACCACACAACUGUAUCAAAUUAGGAAUUUAUGCUUCGGCAUAAAAUAUCAGUUUUUCAGUUUUCACAAUAAUUUUGUUGAGGAUCCUUUGUCAUGGUUUUGGGUUUGUGUUCAGUCAUUUUCUAUUUUAUUUUGAAAUAGUCUCCUUCCCUCAUGUCUUUUAGUUUUGCUUCCUGUCUUUGAUUGCUUUGAUUGUUUUCAUCUGUGUCUUGAUCAGUUUUACCUGUGUCUUGUGUCCCCCCCCCUAGUUGUGUGUAUUUAAGUCUGUGUCUUCCUUUGUUCUGUGUCAGCUCAUUGUUGUACUUGUGUUAAGCUUCCCAACCCUAAUUUUCUGUGUUUUGGGAUUUAUGCUCUGUUCCUCGUGGACUUUGUUUGUGGACUUGGAAUUUGGACUUUGCAAGCUCUGUUUUUGGACUUGUUUACUUAUUUUGGACUGCUUACCUGGUUGUGACCCCUGCCUCCCUGUAACCCGAGUAAGCCUUGUACAUUUCAUUAAAAAUCGUUGAACUGAACCUA